AUGAGUACUAGUAGUAAAGAAUCUUUACUAAAGAUACACAAGAAGUUAAUACCAAUAGUGGUAAAAGUGUUGAACACCAGUAGAAUUAUCAAUAAAUUAGUAUUUACACAUGUCAGAAAUUUAAAUCGUUUUGGUGGAGGUCAUAUAGUGCCAGCAUUACAUAGAUAUAGAAGCUAUCCGUGGUCGGAAGUGAUCAAUUUGCCACACGUCAUGGUUUCCUAUGGAUAUCUUGCUCAACUUAAGCAAUAUUUCAGUGAGAAUGCAGUAUCAAACAAUUGUGAAAUUAAAUCAUUUAGAAAUGCCAUCGACACCAACAACAUCGAUAUCCUACGAUACCUGUUAGAUGAUCUACAGAUCGAUAUCCGAAAGACCAAAGGCAAACGAUCGAGAUACAAUGUCACCAAGAUACUGAAUCAUGCUGCCAAGUCUGGAAGAUUGGAGAUCGUUCGUUAUCUAUGUGAACAAACGCCAUUCAAAUGGAACUACUACGAAGCUAUGGUAAAAUCACCGCUCUCACGCGAUUUUGAAAUCGUAAAAUACCUGGUGGAGAGAGUCAAUUCUUCGAAAUUAUUUAUUAACUAUUCAAGUUAUAAUUCAACGGUAUUUGAUAACGCUGCAAAGAUAGGUGGAAUCGAUAUGAUUAAAUGGUUGUCCAGUAAUCGUUCAGCUGACAAAAAGACCAGUAACAUGUUAUUAUCAGCGGUCAAUGCAAAACAAGCGGCGACCAUCGAAUAUCUGUUGAGGGAGGGCAAAGAAACGAUGAUUCCUCUCGAGGUGAUAGAAGCUGCAAUAAAAGUCAAAAGCAUGGAAAUUCUACAGCUUUUAUCAACAAAGUCUGGUUACUAUGGAGUGACAGCAUAUGAAUUAGCUAUUAAUACAGGUAGCUUGGAGAUAGUGAAAUUUGUACAUGCCCGUACAACCGCUAGACCUUCUACACCAUACGAAAAGGCAGCACUCAUCGGUAGUUUGGAUAUCGUAAAAUGGCUAUUUGAAAAUCAGAUUAGUGUGUGUAAUCCGGCGGCAUUCGACUGUGCCUGUUACUCUGGCAAUAUGGAAUUGGUGAACUAUCUCUUUGAUAAAGUCGCAAUGGAGAGAACGAAAUUCGCUGUACAGAAUGCCAUUAUUAAAGGUAAUUUGGAAUUGGUGAAACUACUGAGUGCACCACUACAUGACCAUUUCGAAGGUGCAAUCAACUUGACAGCCGAGAAAGGUCAACUAUCGAUUUUGAAAUGGCUGAAUGAAAAUAGAACAGAUUUACUAUUUACUCCUGAAGCAAUGGAUCUUGCUGUGAAAAACAACCACUUCAAUGUGGCACGUUGGUUGCAUUUGAAUCGUACUGAAGGAUGUUCCUCUAAAGCAAUCGAUUAUGCAGCACGACAUGGAUAUCUCGAUGUUGUCCAAUUUCUGAACGAGAACUAUUCGAAUGGAUUUUCUGACGAUGCCAUUCUGAGUGCAAUAGAAAAUGGCUAUCUCGACGUUGUCCAGUAUCUUUGUGACAACACCAAAGCAAAGAUACCAAAGAAAGCAUUGUUCAAAGCUGUUUUCAAUGGAUAUACUGAUAUUGUGAAAUAUUUAUAUUCAAAAACUCAGACAGAUGAAGCAGAUUCAUUGAUGAAUGUCGCAGCUGAACGUGGUCAUAUGGAGAUUUUGAUGUGGUUGGAUGAAAUGGGUGAAACUUGUACAACCGGUGCCAUGGACAACGCUGCUGGUAGUAACCAAAUUCAAAUCUUGAGAUGGUUACAUGAAAACCGUAGUGAAGGAUGCACUCACUUUGCUAUGGAAAAAGCAUUGUUCGAUACUGACAGUAGCUUGGAAGUGGUUGAAUGGCUCUAUAACAAUAGAACCGAAUGUAAAGAUCUAUCAAAAAUCCACAUUUCAGUACUUGCCGAUAAACUCUCAAGAAAUCAAUUCGAUAUAAUUGAAUGGGUGCUGGAAAAAUUAGAUGUUUCUUUGGAAUUUCUUGAACUACUACAUAGUGGAAAAGCUAGAUAUACAGAAUCCAUUGAAGUUAUUGAACGUCAUAUAAAAUUAUUAAAUCAAAAUCAAAAUCAAAAUCAAAAUCCAAAACAAAAAUCAAUAUAUAAUUGUUGA